CCACGUCAACGAUUUUUUAUCGAUGAAGAUAAUGUGUGUGUAACAAAUCAGUCGACAACCGGCCUUCCUCCCCAUUUCUUUCUCGGUCUCCUUAAUUCUACUACCAUUCAACACUUUCUGUCACAUCAUUGUAAAUACGAUCAACAAGGAAGGAUGAGACUUUUCCGCGAAAAUAUGGCAAAAAUACCGUAUGCAGCACCAACCAACCGUGAUGGAAUUGAUUGGUUCAUUAGAUGCACGCAAAAAAUGAUAAUAGUUCGCCAAAUGUUAUACGAGGGGAUUGGAACAUGUGAAGAUGAAGAAAAAGUUGGAGGAGCAGUGGUCGAAAAAUUAAGAAGAGGAACAUGGCAAUUGACAGGUCGUGAAUGGCAAGAAAAGGAAAGUGAUGCAUAUAAUAAUGAAACGAGUGUUGUUUUGAGGGAAGAACAAGAAGGAAAUUGGGUCAUGGUUAAACAAUGCCGUGGUAGAGAAGAAAGCCUUGAUUAUUCAUUAUGCCCAGAAUUUGAAGAUGAACAAGGAGCAGCAAGACAGUCAACCGAAUGUUAUAAUAGAUAUUCUUCUUCGGCUGGAAUGUCCGUGAUGAAUGAGCAUCGAACUACAAGGGGGAGCACGACAAGAACCCACUUCUUAAAGCCAUUUUUUGAAUCUCUCUUGCAUGCUUCAGCUUGCCUUCAAUACGUAAUAGAUCAAUAUGCUUACUCAUUAUAUGGAAUAGAUGCCAAAUUUCAAAUUGCUUUAGAAGAAGAAUUAAAAAUCGAAAACUUUGAUAUUAUAAUUACCAAAUUCCCCCGUUGGAACGGUAACAUAAGUAAUGGCCACGGUGAAGCAGAAACAAGAGGAGUUGUACCAGAGUGGGGUGAAAGACUCUUACUAGAAGUCGACCAAGCGAUUAAAGGAG